GUUGAGACGACCAGUGUCCCAUAAAACGAGCAAGGCCAAAAGGCGCGCUAGCUCGCGAUCGAGCAAAAUAAGAGCGUCGAGACAAGCAUUCUUUUCUAUCUUACACAAGUACUUCUAGCUUUCACGAGUGGGAAUUUUCUUUAGAUCGCAGCCCUCGACACAAUGCUGCUGCCACUGCUGCUGCUACUCGAAUGCAUUGUCUUGAUUUCGCUGCCGCGACUGGGCAGCAUUGAUGCGCAGAAAAUCCAAGUUGGAUUCUACUCCACGACGUGUCCGCAGGCCGAAUCAAUCGUCAAGAAUGUGGUCAGCAGCGCGGUGUCGGCCAACCGAGGAUUGGCCGCUGGACUUCUUCGCUUGCAAUUCCACGACUGCUUCGUCCAGGGAUGCGAUGCUUCCGUGCUGAUUGAUUCCACGCCGAGCACCAAAGGUGGAGCCGAGAAGGACGCCCCGCCAAACAAGACGCUCCGGGGGUUCGAGGUGAUUGACGCCGCAAAGGCGCAGGUCGAGGCAAAGUGCCCGGGAACAGUCUCGUGCGCGGACAUUCUCGCGUUUGCCACGCGCGAUGCAGUCGUCCAGGUUGGAGGGCCGCGCUGGGACGUUCCCGCGGGACGACGAGACGGGCGAAUCUCCUCGGCAGCCGAGGCUACGUCCAGCUUGCCCGACCCUUCUUUCUCCAUCAAUCAGCUCACACAGCGCUUCGCUGCCAAAGGCCUCUCGCAAGACAACAUGAUAACUCUCUCAGGAGCUCACACCAUCGGAGUGGCACACUGCAAGACUUUCAUCAACCGGCUGUAUGGAUUCAGCAGCAGUGCCGACACGGACCCUUCUCUCGAUCCAACCUUCGCGCAGAGCCUCAAAGCCCAAUGCCCGCGAGAGAAUCCCAAUCCCAACACCGUCGUCAGCCUCGACCCCACGCCCAACACCUUCGACAACAGCUACUACUCCAACCUCGCGCUGGGCAGGGGAUUGCUCGCCUCGGACGAGCUCCUCUUCACGGACGGAUCCACGACGCUCAAUGUGGCUCUCAAUUCCUUCUUUGGAUCAACUUGGCUCCAGAAAUUCCCCGACGCGAUGGUGAAGAUGAGCCUCAUCGAAGUCAAGACGGGGAGCCAAGGCGAGAUCCGGAAGAACUGCCGGAGGAUCAACUAGAAGAAGUUACUCGUGACAGUGUUAAAUCCUCCUCCUAUGUACUGGACUCUCAUUUGUACCAAAGAAACUCUUCAUUCCUACCAAAAGAUUUGUGAAAAAAAAUCACAACUUUGUCGAUCAAAGCUGGGAGAAAAGAUCUUGAUUUCUUGA